UUAUACAACCCCAGAAACCAGCAAGAUGUUCAAGCUUUCGCUCUGCCUGCUCGCCGCCUUGAUGCUGGCCACCGUCUAUGCGGAUAACAUCAACAGAGAUGCCGUGAUCACCCGCGAGGAUUCCGACCCAGCUGAUCCCGAGGGCAACUACAAAUACGCCUUUGAAACGAGCAAUGGCAUCCAGGCCCAGGAGGCUGGAAAUGCGAAUGGAGCUACUGGCAGCUCGAGCUACGUGUCUCCCGAAGGCAUCCCCAUCUCGCUGACCUACGUCGCCGACGAGAAUGGAUUCCAGCCGCAAGGCGAUCAUCUGCCCACUCCUCCCCCAAUCCCGGAGGCCAUCCUCCGCGCCCUGGAGUACAUUGCAGCCCACCCCCAGCAGCAGCAGUAAGCCCGGAUUGGAUACCCCAUUUAAGGCCUAGUCAGUGCUCUAGUGGCUAAAAAUGAGUUAUAUCUAGUUUUAACAAGUCUGUACAUAAACCCACUACAAAAAGUCAAAAAAUAUUUCGAAAAAUUCCAUCAAAUAUAUCCACAGCCAUGCUGAUCAUAUGAACCGA